CCCCACUCGGGAUCAUCCCCGGCUCGGGAUCAUACCCCGCUCGGGAUCCCCCCGUGCCCGCCCGGAGCGGCUGCGGUGUCACCGCACGCAGCAGCGGCAGCGCAGCCGGGCACGGCGACCUGCGCAAUCCCGCCCGCUCCGCAGUGCCCAGCAGAGAUGGCGAGUGCAGAGCCCGACUCUGAGGAUGCAGCUGAGGCUGAAGAGGCCGUGUACGAGGAGAUGCCCUGUGACAGGAUGGAGCUGAGCCAGCGCCUGGCCGUGGAGGAGCUCCUCAGCACCGAGGCCAGCUACGUGAACAACAUGCAGCUGUGCGUGUCCGACAUCCGGGCACACCUCCAGGAGAAGCAGCUGCCUGAGCUGGACCUGGAAGGACUCUUCUCUAACACUGACGACAUCCUCCAUGUCUCCAGGCGCUUCCUGAAGGGGCUGGAGGCCACAGCUGGCCAGGGGCAGGAGCAGCUGCUCUCCAUCAGCACGCUGUUCCAGGAGUUCAAGGAAGAGAUGGAGGCAGUCUACAAGAUCUACUGUGCCAGCUACGACCAUGCCCUGCAGCUGGUGGAGAGCUACCGCAAGGACCCCCGGCUGCAGGAGGAGAUCCUGGACACCCUCAAUGCCACCGUGCCUCACACGGGCGCCUCAGACCUCAGCUUCUUCCUGGUGAUGCCCGUGCAGAGGGUCACCAAGUACCCUCUGCUGCUGGGGAAGAUCCUGGAGAACACCCCGAGCAGUUUCAGUGCCCACUCAGCCCUGCAGGCAGCAGCUCGUGCCAUGGCCCAGGUCAAUGCCAACAUCAACGAGUACAAACAGCGCCGGGAAGUGGCAACCAAAUACAACAAGGCUGAGCACCUGACGCUGCGGGACCGCCUGGCGCGCCUCAACACCCACUCCAUCGCCAAGAAAACCACGCGCCUCAGCCGGCUCCUCAUGCACGAGGCUGGCAUCGUGGCCAAGACUGAGGACAAGGAAUAUGAUGACCUGGAAGAGAAGUUCCAGUGUGUGGCAUCCAGUGUGGCCACACUGAAGGAGAACAUGGCAUCCUACCUGGGCCACUUAAAGGCGUUCCUGCUGCCCACCCCGCACCGCUGUGACCUGCAGAUGGAGCAGGGGCCAGCCCAGCAGCACCGCCGCCUCUCCGAGCUCCUCCAGAGCACCGUGUUCCCCGAGUUUAAGCAGCGUGUGGACAGGCUGGUGUGGCAGCCCCUCUGCAGCCUCUCAGACAUGCUGGAGGGGCCCCAGCAGCUGGUCAAGAAGCGCCUGGACAAGCUGCUGGACUACGAGGAGAUCCAGGAGAGGAAGAGUGAGAUGGGCAGUGUGAGCUAUGAUGAGGAGGCUGCCAUGAACACCUACCUGGCCAUCAAUGACCUGCUGGUGGCCGAGCUCCCCCGGUUCAACCAGGUGGCUGUGCAGCUCCUGGGGCAGAUCCUGCGCUCCUUCAGUGCCCUGCAGCUGGACUUGGCUGCCCAGGUCCUGCACCACGCAGAGAAGGAGCUGGAGCAGCUGCCCCAUGGGCACAUGGCCCUGCCCAGCUUCUGGAAGGUGAUGGAGGACAGCCUGCAGCAGUCGGGUGCCCAGCUCCGUGCCUUCUGCCAGGCCUUUGAGACCGUGGCACCCAGCCCUGGCACACAGCCUCUGACCCCUGCCGAGGAGAGGAAGGUCCUUUCCCUUGUGAGCAAGCACGGCCCAGACAAGCUUUACCAAGUGACCAGCAACAUCAGUGGCAGCAGAGACCUGGACCUGACCUUGCUGAGGGGACAGAUCGUGGCUCUGCUGCAGAGCACCGACACCAAGGGGAACACCAGCAGGUGGCUGGUGGAUGCUGGAGGUCCCCGAGGGUUUGUUCCUGCUGCAAAACUCCGGCCCUACAGCCCAGCCCAAGUGCAGCAGCCUGUGAUGCAGCUGCUGGGCCUGGACAGUGACACAGAGAGCAGGAGACAUUCCUACGCAUUCCCUGAAGCUCCCAGGCCACAGGUGGCCACCUUCACCCCAACAUUCCAGGUGGUGGCCGGCUUCUCCUUCGCAGCCCGGAGCCCGCAGGAGCUGAGCCUGCAGGCGGGGCAGCCCGUGCUGCUGCUGGAGCCCCACGACAAGAAGGGCAGCAGGGAGUGGAGCCUGGUGGAGGUGAACGGCCAGAGGGGCUACGUGCCCUCCAGCUACCUGGUGACCGUCCCCGUGCAGGACCCGGCGGGCUGGAGCCUGCCUGUGUGAGCGUGCCAGCCCCAGCAGGGCAAGGAUGGAGCAGCCAGCCUGGCACCUGGGACACCUCGCAGGAGAUGCUGGAGGGAGGCAGCCCUCGGCUGGGAAGGUGGUGGGAGGCACCCGGGGGACACGGGUACAAGGAUGGCACUUGGGAGGCACCUUUUGACAGGAGGUAUGAGGGUGCCAGGUCUGGUGUGUGUUGGCACAAAGCAAAGCAGCACCAGGGAGUGAGGGCAGGUGGCUGCAGUUAUCCAGGGAUUUGCUGCAAUCCCUGCAAGUGACAAAUGUGUCCUGGGGAGAUGAGGCAGCAUCGUCCCUGCUUAGAGCAGGAUUGAGCAGCAAGGGAGCCGCACUGAAGAGGGGUCCUCUGCCAGGCAGGGGAAACUUGGACACCUGGGCACUGGGACACUCCGGCACCUGAGCACCUGGGCACUGGGCAGGUGGACACCUGAGCACCUGAGAAUUUGGUUAUUUGGGCACUUGAGUACCUGAGAAACUGAGAGCCUGAGAAACUGGGCCCCUGAGAAUUUGGCUAUUUGGGCACUUGAGUACCUGAGAAUUUGGCUAUUUGGGCGCUUGAGUACCUGAGAAUUUGGCUCCCUGGGCGCCCUGAGCCCUGUGGCAGCGCUGGGCUGCAGCCGCCAGAGGGCGCCCCGCACCCGCUCCCAGUGCCCGCCCGGCCCGGACUGGGAGCGCUGGUGCGGGGGCACCGCCCGGGGUCCGCCCCGCGCGGGGGGACGGAGAUCGCCACCCCCGGCCCUCCCGGGGCCCCCGUCCCCCUGCCACCCGCACGGAUCCCCGGCCGGCUGACACAGGUCCCAUGGAAGAGGUUUUUGGGACAAUCAAUCCGUGUCGGUCCUGGCCUAAGGCUUGGUUUGAGAAGGGAGAGAGCCCCCUCCCACCAUUCCCGAGGUGUCUGUGCCUCAGUUUCCCCGCGGUUGCACUGUUAUGGGAUGCUGAGGGGCUGAGGUGGGCAGCCCUGCCGUGGUGCCAGAGGGGACUUCAGGUGCCCCCUGUGACUGGCACCACACACUGCCCAUCCCUCACUGGGGCCAGUGGAGCACCCGGCUGGCGUCGCCCCGGCUGCCCUGGGCUCCUGGGCUGCCCACAUCAAAGGUGCCCGUGCCAGCUGUCCUGCCCUGUCCUGCCCUGCCCUGCCCUGCCCUGCCCAGGGGCAGCAGCACGCCCGGCCACCCACGGGCUCCCCGCGGGCUCCCCAGUGCAGCCGUGGCCGCGGGAUGGGCAGUGGGGCAGGGCUGGCAUGGCCUCACCCAACCCUGAGCAGGUGCCAGGCGGGUGGGGACAGCCCCAGGCAGUGUCCUGUGCGUCCCCCGUGUGUGGCUGGGGUCUGGUGUGAGGCAGAGUGGGGCUCAGCCUCCAUUCACCUGGACCUGUGGGGUGGCUGGGGGGCAGCCACCUCUGCCUGGGUGCCAUUGAAAGGCCCAAGGAAAUGCUCACCUACAGCAAACCUGGGAGGGGACAGCAGUGACAGAGCUGGGACGUGUCCUGGGGAUGCUCCCAGCAUGGGGAAAGGCUGGUGGGCUCCUCAGCAAGGGAAAAUGAGUAGGCUGGGGGACAAGGGUCAUUGAGCUUGCCCACCCAGCCCAGGCCCUGCAGCCACAGGGCUCACCCCACCAGCUCCCUGCAGGUGGCUCCUCUGGAUUUUUCCAUCCCUAAUCAAAUCCCACCAGGUCGGGUUUCCCUCCCAAGUCACUUUCCUGCCAGCUCGGUGGUGUGUACAAGCAAUCAGCCCUGUGCCAGCCAUGGCAGCAGAGGGGCAGGUCCUGCUUCACAGCCCUCGGGUGCCUGAGACCCCUUGGGGGCUGAAAGGUGACGGUGGCACAAGGAGUGCUGAGCCAGCUGCUGCCUGGGCCCCCAUCUUCCCACUGGAAGGAGGUCUGGGGUGGUCAGGGCUGGGCUGCACAUCCAGCAGGAAGAGGGCAAUGAGUUCAUGUGGCUCCUGCAGCCUGUGGGUGCCAAGGGGUGAGCUGGGCUCUGCAGUUCCCCCCAGCCCUGCUGCCAGCCUCAAUGGCCGGGGGACCUUUCCCAGGGGUCUGUCCCCAGGAUGGGGCCUUGUGCUUGGCUGCAGGACAUGGGUGCCUGCACCCCUCCCUUCUCCCUGAAUUCACCCAAACUCACGGCACUGCUGCUGCCCAGAGCCUGGAAUUGCCCUCUCGGAGUCACGGGAGGGCAUGGGGCUCUUCCAGCCCAGACAUGGUGGGGGAUAAAGGGCACAAGUGUUCCUUUAAAUAGCCUCUCAAGGACAGGCUCUCCCGGGAGGAAUGCUCUGGCUGGCCCGGUGGAACAUGCCUGUGCCUGGGGGCAUGGGGGGACAGCUGGGCAGGGCCGGCUGCUUGCCAGGAGGCCAGGUCAAGGUUAGGCAUGGCCCUGGCUCGGUGCCACUAUGCCACGGCUUGGCACUGGGGGAACAGAGCCGUGCAAACAGGGAAAUGCAUGCCAGGCCAGUGGUUUGCCAUGCCCAGGGCUGAUCUGGAGGUGGCAGCGGGGCCAGGCAGCCGCUGCUGCCCGUGACCUGCCCUCCAGCCCGCCCGGAAUUUGGCAGCGCUGCCUGGCUGCCUCCGGGGCAGCUCCGGGUGUCCCAGCGCGGCUGCUGCACUCCUGUCCGGGCUGAUUCAUAUCCUGGACGUGCAGGCAUUUGGAUAUUGUCCACCCGCGGGGUGUGACAGUGUCCCCAGGGCGCGGGUGCCAGCCCGGCCACGUGCCGGGAGCAGCUCCGGCUCUGCUCCGUGUGCCUGCUGCUCCCUGGGGACACGGCGGGGCCACGAAACACUUCCCAGGUGAGAUCCCGGGAUGCCAGGAGGAUGGCUGAGUGCCCAGGUGUUCACGUGCCCCUCGGCUCUGCUGGGGCACCCGGGGCAGGGAGGUGUGAGAAAAAGCAGCUGCCACAAGCCCCAAUCCCAGAGCCAUCCCCUCACCACAGGGUGCAGAAAGGAGAGGACAAAAAGGCUUGGAGAGGGAGCCAGGAGGAGCAGGGUGGCCACCUGUGCUGAAGGGCACAGCCAGCCCUAGUGGCUUUAGGCACAGAGCUUGGGUUGCCCACGCUGCCAGGCUGAGCUGGCUCCCAGCAGAGCCAGCCUGUGCUGCAGUGUUCCCUGCCACCUGCCCAUGGUGGCCCACGAGGAGCAGCCCGAGCCCCCCCUCGCAGGUAGAGCCAGCCUGUGCCUGCUGGGACCAGCGUGGCCCGAGGAAGGGCUGAGCCCCACGGAGAGGAAACCGGGGCUGCGGAGCAGGAGAGGAGCUGUGAACAGCAGUGCUCGCUCCAGGCUGGUGCAGCUGGCACCUGAAUUGUCUAAUAAAGUGUGAAAUUGCUUUCA